GAGAAACCUGUAAUUUCUCUUAGGCGUGCUUGAUGGACCCAUUGUGGAGUGAAUCACAGACUUACACAAGCCUUGAAACCCCGGGCGGUUUUACAGUUCUCAGAUAGGCUUCUCACAAUCGGUGGCUGGUUUGCACCGGGCCCUCUUGGAUUUCUCUUUGAAAAAUGGAGAAAAGGCGUCACAGGCGCUGAAGGGGGACCAUGGGACCUGCAAGGGGAGGCACCCGGGAUGGUGGGGCACAGUGGCUGGAAGCUCGGUGCCAACUCUCCUGCCUGGCUGCUAGCUUUCCUGGAUGCGGCUCUUUAUGAGACUGCUCCGCCAUGGCAAGGGACAACUGGUGAAGAUCCUAAUGUGUGAAAAUGAAGUCCCAGGCAACCAUGAUUUGCUGUUUAAUGUUCUUUCUGGGAAUAGAAUGUUCUCACUAUAAAUCCAAGGUCCACAUAAAAGAUGGAGAUAAACUUCAACAUCCUGAAGGGAAACUCAAGACUGGAAGGAUACAAGAGAAAUGCCAGGGACCUUGCAUCAUGGCUUCCAACUGCAGCCAGCCCUGUGCUCAGCACUUUCGUGGAGAAAUAGGAUUUAUAUGUCAUCAAAACAAGUGGCAAAAAUCAACGGAAACAUGUACAAGCCUCUCCGUGGAAACACUCUUUAAGGACUUCAAUAGUGCAUCACGCCUCUCCCUAGCAGCAUCAUCUGUGCCUGUUCACGUUCUUGAUUUUCGAGCUCCAGAACCUGUGGAGAGUGUAGCCCAAGGAAUCCUCAGGAACUGUCCAAUUGAUUAUGCCUGCAUACUUGAUGUCGUGAAGUCAUCAGAAGCCACGUCUGGAAACAUCGCGUUCAUAGUGGAGUUACUAAGAAAUAUUUCUACAGACUUGUCUGAUAAUGUUACCCAAGAGAAAAUGAAGAGUUAUAGUGAAGUGGCCAACCACAUCCUUGACACAGCAGCCAUUUCAAAUUGGGCUUUCAUUCCAGACAAAAAUACCAGCUCGGAUUUGUUGCAGUCAGUGAAUCUGUUCGCGAGGCAACUGCGCGUGCACAAUGAAUCCGAGAACCUUGCAGAUGAACUCUUCAUUCAGGCAAAAGGGCUUCGCAUCAACCACAAUACCUCAGAGAAAAAGUUCAAUUUCUCCGCGAGCAUGAACAGUACAACAGAGGGUAUCUUAGGGAUGAUAGAAAUUCCCAGGCAAGAGCUGUGGAAGCUGUCACCAAAUGCAUCCCAAGCCAUCAGCAUAGCAUUUCCCACCUUGGGGGCCAUACUGAAGGAAGUCCGCUCGCAAAAUGUGAGUCUUCCUAGACCUGUAAAUGGUCUCGUCCUUUCGGUGAUUUUACCGGAAGGACUGAAGCAAGUCUUAUUUACCUUUGAGAAGAUCAACAAAUCCCGGAAUGCCAGGGCCCAGUGUGUUGGUUGGCACUCGAGGAAAAGGAGGUGGGAUGAGAAUGCUUGUGAAACCACACUGGAGAUCAGGAACAGAGUGAAAUGCUUGUGUAACUACACCAACAUGGUGAUGUCCUUUUCCAUUCUAAUGUCCCCCAAAUCUAUAGACAACAAAGUCCUGUACUACAUCACCUGCAUUGGGCUCAGCAUCUCCAUCUUUAGCUUGAUUCUUUGCCUGAUCAUUGAAGCCGUGGUGUGGUCCCGGGUGGUUGUGACGGAGAUAUCAUACAUGCGUCAUGUGUGCAUCGUGAACAUAGCUGUGUCGCUCCUGAUUGCUAAUGUGUGGUUCAUCAUAAACUCUAACUUUCACAAAAAGGCCCAGGACUCCAACUGGUGUGUUGCGCUGACAUUUUUCAGCCACUUUUUCUACCUCUCUCUGUUUUUCUGGAUGUUCUUCAAAGCACUGCUCAUUAUCUAUGGAAUAUUGGUUGUUUUCCGUAGGAUGAUGAAGUCCCGCCUGAUGGCCAUUGGCUUUGCCAUUGGCUAUGGGUGUCCACUGGUCAUCGCUGGCACCACAGUUGCUAUCACAGUGCCAGAGAAAGGCUACACGAGACCCGAUGCCUGUUGGCUUAACUGGGACAAUACCAAAGCCCUUUUAGCAUUUGCCAUCCCAGCCUUAGUCAUUGUGGCCGUGAAUCUUGUGGUGGUUUUGGUUGUUGCUGUCAACACUCAGAGACCCUCUAUUGGCAGUUCCAAGUCUCAGGAUCUGGCCAUAAUUAUGAGGAUUAGCAAAAAUGUGGCCAUCCUCACCCCACUGCUGGGACUGACCUGGGGUUUUGGAGUAGCAACGCUUAUAGAAGGCACUUCUUUGAUAUUCCAUAUAAUCUUUGCCCUGCUUAAUGCUUUCCAGGGGUUCUUCAUCUUGCUGUUUGGAACCAUUAUGGACCAUAAGAUAAGAGAUGCUUUGAGGAUGAAGAUGUCUUCACUGAAGGGCAGAACAAGGGCCGCAGAGAAUGCAUCUUUAAGCCCAACCAAUGGAUCUAAAUUAAUGAAUCGUUGAAGAUGAGAUGACACUCCAUUCCUCAUGGAUGUUCCGUGUCCUGGACUGAGAGUGAAGCUCUGGGAGAGGGAGGCCAGAAUGAAGGACAACCAAGUUUCCUUGGAAGACUUUCUCUUCUGGCCAGGAGUGACACCUAAGCUGUCAGGGCAAAAAUGCUUGCUGAGGAGAAAUUGAGAAUGUCGUUUGGUGACUGGGCUUGAAGGAGCUAGAACCACUGACUCUUUGACCGACCCAUGACUUGCAGGCACCUGGCUUCUUGGUCAACCUUGGCAAGAUUAAGACAGCAAGCCAUUUUCUGAGCUUCUGGACAAGGCUGGAGCUGUUGGGUCUCUACUGGAUGAGGUGUGUUUUCAUGCCCAAGGCCUGCUCUGUGGCUCCAUAAACCCGCCAUUGUCAUUGUGCAUGAAUCAUGCUUGCUCUGGGGGACAGAAGUUAGAUCCACUGUAGG